GUAAAAAACGGUGUCGUUUGGAGUCGAACGGCAUCGCGGAGAGUUAAAAUGAUACCGCGAAACAAAAAAAUGGUACCGCAAGGAAGCUCAGCGGUACCGCGGCACUGGAAACAACACUGUUUACCGGAAAAUAAGAUGUGGGCCGCACAUUUAGUAGUGGUGUUGGAGAAGGAGUUUUUUAAUUAAUUAUUAUUUUUAUUCCUUGUCGGAAGGAGAGAUGUGAUACCGCAUGGAGACAAGCGGCAUCGCAGAGAAAUAAAACGGUGCCGCAAACCUCAAAGCUCAACGACAUCGCAAGACUGGGAAACGAUGUUGUUUGGCUAAAAACGCCACCGCGAGUAAACUAAACGGUACUGCGGAUUGAAAAACGAUAUCGCGAGAGGCCUUGAAAAGCAGUGCCGAUUAAUUAAAAACCACAUCGAGUAAGUGAUUGGCCCAAAAAUCCGCCCAACCCAAACGUGCAAAAUCGCGGCAAUUUAACGUUGGUAUUUCUUUUUAUUAUGUUAGGCGGUGUGGUUUAAUUCAAAACGGCACCGCGAGUAGGCCUAACGGUGCCGUUAUACUAGCAAACGACAAUAAAUGGUGUCGCGGAGGAAAAAACAAACAGAGCUGAUUGGGGAAGAAAACGACACCGCAAGGCUGGAAGCAGAGUCGUUUAAUAUUAAAACGAUGUCGCGGGUAUAAUAAAGCUGUGUUGUUUAGCUAAAAAGGGCAGCGUUUAAGGCAUCAACAUCGCCGCAAUAUUACUAAGCGAUACCGUUUAGUUAGAAACCAUACCGCAACGGGUUGGAUUUUGGCGAGGCCCGACAAGCCAAACGGCACCGCAAGACGAGAAAACGGUACCGUAUGGUAGAGAACAAUGCCGCGAGAGAUAUCAACAGCACCACGACACUAAGUAAACGACAGUGUUAAGUUAAAAACAGUGUUGCAAGAAUAUACUAGUUCCGCUAAGUAAACAAACGACGUUGUUUAGCUCAAAACAGCGUUGCGAAUCCCACAUCGAGGAGUUAGGUCCAACGUUCAGAGACUCAAGAACACCACAGAAUCAAGCUUAUUCAUGCCGCGAGACCGCAAGCUCAACAAGAUCGCGGACCAAAUGUUGCUGCAAGUGCGGCCUGGUAAGCGACAACAUUGUUCUCUUUAACCUAGAUUGAUUAAAGUCGGGCCAUGUUUGAACAUGGUUGAUUAUGGAGCCAGUUGUUAGUGAAGCAAAGCAGUGAGUUCAAUGAUGUCAAGAAGUGGCAUUGUUUCAAUUUGAUGACAAGCAGGCUAGUGAUCAAGCAUUGUCGAAUUCAUAUCUAGGUAAUGUCGUGAUUCGGACAAGGGCGCAACAUCACUUGUGUCGUUAUGUAUUUGACAAUGCCGCAAAUCCAACGAUUCUGCUUGGAUGAGAAACGAUGUUGUUUAGUGGAGAACAACGUUGCCAGGGUUGAGAUCGCUGGGAUUUUUACUCCUCACAACGACGACGUUUCCGAGAAAGGAGGCUCUCAUGCUCAAAUUUUUGAAGUGAAGCGGCGUUAUUCUACUACGCCGCCGUUUUAUGAACAAGGUGACAGCUUUGUGGUUUUGGAGGUGAGAUGGAUUAUCGAACCAUGGUGGAUAGCCACAAAUUUGGCACAGCGUUGGUUUGCAAAGUCUCUUCAGAGCGGUUUCGCACUCAUGGAAGUUAUGCAACAAGGGAGAAGUUACCAGCACGGUUGACAAGAAUGAAGAACGUGGGAGACAAAGGCGCGAAGGCAGUUACUACAACUACGGGGAGAAGAGCGGCGUAUAAAGAUCAAGAAGAGAGAGAAGCUCGAGAUGGCAAAAUCAAACCUCAAACUGCACCGUCGCAGAAUUAUCAUUUUUUUCUCUCUAGUUUCGUAGAACCGCUCUGUCAAAGAACUCCUUUGCAGAGUCGUAGAUCGUAGCUUGUAGUCGUAGUCGCGGAGCUCUCCAGAGGAACCUCCAUAGGAGUAGAGGUAACGUAACUUAGAACACUCCCGAUUUGGUUUCUCGUUUCUCGUUGAAGACCCUCGUUCGAACAUAGUUUGGAGAGGUGGUGAACCGAGUAACGGUUGUCUUGGUUAGAAGUCAAAGGUGCAUCGAUCAAAUCAACAUCGCCGACGCCGGUGGUGGAUAUUUGACGGUCGUCUUGAUUUCUGUAUAAUCGAUCAAAUCAACGUCGCCGACAUUCGACGGCGGAUAUUUGAAUAUUGUGUUGACGUUGUGUUUGUGUUUACUUGAAAAUAGUACGCAUUAAACAUGCGAGUUUCGCCAACAAAACAUUGUUAUAUCA